CGUGGAGUUGUGGUGGUGAUUGAAAUAACAAGGAGUCCCCCGAACCCCCAGACCCUGAUCCCGUUUCCCCGCCUGCGCGCGUGCUAGAUCCUUGCGUCGCAUCACCCGCAACGACGAUACGACGCUCGCACGACGCCGAAACGUGGUUAAUAUGUCGCAUCAAUAUAGCCUGUACCCUACGGCGAGCGCGGUGGCGUCGACGACGGCGGCGGCGGCGAUGAUACCGCAGGAGCCGUUGACGCCGACGAGUAUCUCGACGAGGGGGAGGUCGAGUACGAGCACGAGUACGAGCGCGAGCUUGAAGAAGGGGAGUAAGAGGGAGAGUAAGGAUAGUAAGAGUAGUACUGGGUCAUCGUCGUCAUCGUCGUCGAAGAGGGAUUGGAUUGAGCAUCCGUUGCCGGUGGGGAUAUCGAUUGGAGGGAGAGAACGUGUCAACCCCGCCGUCGCUGUUCUCGCCCCAGCUUUUGCAGAAGAUCCAAUCAUAACUUACGUCCUUAACACACUCGACCCCGUCGCGCGGCGCGCCUACCUCCCCGCCUACUUUACGGCGCUAGUCACGCAAGCGACGCUGAACGGCGCUUACGUGCUCGAGCACUCCGAUUGGGAGAGUUGCCUGACUGUCCUCCCUCCCGGACGGAAAGUCGAGAAUCCCUUCACCCUUUUGCAAUCCGGGCUAGUGGGUGUGCUCCGGAAAGUGGGGUUAUCAUGCGUCAAGCGGAUGCUAGGAGAAUUCGAAGGCGCAGUGAAGAAAGCGCGGAGGCGCGGACUGGCGAGGGGAGAGUUGCCGUAUUACGUCUUCUUUGUUGGAACGAGGGCGGAUCGACAGGGUAGGGGGUUGGGGAGGGAGUUGUUGGGGGAAGUGACGGAGAGGGCGGGGAGGGAGGGGAGGAGCGUGUGGUUGGAGGCUACGACGGCGGAUAGUAGGCGGUUGUUUUUGAGGAUGGGGUUUGUGGAUGUGGAGGAGGUGGUUAUGGGGAGGGGGAAGGUUGGGCCGGGGGGGUAUGAGCAGAUUGGUGGGCCGGGGGUGAGGUUGUGGUGUAUGGUUUGGAGGAAGGGGGAUGUGGUGGUGAAUAUUCGGGAUGUGGAGGAUGAGGAGGAGGAGGAGGGGGAUGAUUAGGGCGUUGGUUAGAGAGGGGUAAUGGGUUUAAAGGGUUCGGAAAGGGUGGUUGUGGGUUUCGGGAGAGAUGUGGGGAUGGGAAUUCGGAAUUCGGAACGGCUUGGGGGUUUCGGGCGUGUCUUGGGUCUUUGUGGCGGACGGGUCGGCGGUGCCCUUGAACCAAUCUUUUGUUGGCAAGUUCGGCUUACUCUGUUCUUCUAUUUUCGACACCUGGAUGGGGUGUGGGAAUGUGUUUUACGAUAGUUGAUUGGAGUUUUGUCAGCCUUUCUUCUUUUCUAUUUGAUACCACUAAGCUGUCAAUGCUACGGCAUUUUUUUAUUCUAUUAUAUAGCCAAUGAAGCUAUUAAUUGUUUU